AUGCCUUGUCUUAGUGUUCUCAAUUUGGCUUUUACAAAGAUCGAGAGUUUACCAAAUUCCAUCUCUGAACUAAAGAACCUCACAACAUUGUUGCUUCGUGGCUGUGAAGAAAUAAGAGAUCUGCCAUGUCUUUCGAUGCUUCAAGAAUUGAAGAAGUUGGAUCUCUCUAGGACUCAAAUUGAGGAAGUCCCUGAAGGAAUGGAUAUGCUGAUAAAGCUAAGAUAUCUUGAUCUUAGUGUGCGCACUCUGAAAGAGAUACCCGCUGGACUUUUACCAAAACUCGUUCACCUUCAGCACUUGGGUUUUCAUGAGAGCAAUGAAAAAACAAGUCUAAAAGCAGAGGAGAUGGAACCAUUGAAGAAGUUGGAGUGCUUUACCGGACGUUUCGAAGACAUCGGUGAAUUGAAUAAGUUCAUCUCCUCAAUGCAACAAAGUAAGAAAAAUCUCAUAAAGUAUUAUUUACAGGUGGGCUCAUCUCUUAUGGGUAGUACAACAGAUAAAGUAGUAACAAUUGGAGGAGUCCAGAAUUGGGAAGGUGAGUUAAUUAUGCACCCAAUUGAAAUUCAAGAGUUGAUUAUUUUAAGGUGCGACUAUUUGAGAAACUUAGUCGAUGAUAAUUCUUCCUUCAAAAAUGCGAUUGACUUGAGGAUUUGUAGUAUUUGGGGGUGUAAAGGGAUAGAGUGUGUUGUUCCCUUGUCCUCUUUUGCCUCUUCUUCCGCUCAUCCAUUUCAGAGCCUCGAGGUGUUGAAUCUUCAAUGGCUGCCAAAGUUGAGUGCCCUUAUUAUGAAUGAUGAAGGAAUUGGUUCAGCAACAACAUCAACAUUGGUUCCGUCUGCCACCUUUUCCCAUCUUAAGAAAAUUUUUGUACAGGGAUGCUCAAGUAUGAAGACGUUGCUUCCACAUUGGUUGCUUCCAAACCUCCAAAACCUGGAAGAUAUUUGGGUGGAAAAAUGUGAUGAGAUAGUAGAAAUAUUGGGAGCAGCAACAUCAGAAGUUGAAGAAAAAGGGAGUGAUGCAUUAAUCCAAUUCCAUCUUCCCAAAUUGAGAAAGUUGUCAUUCCGGUAA